UAUCACAUCUACCAGCUACCAGACCUGACCUAUGCUCUAUACUUGCAUUCUACAAGAUUCUAUGGCGCUAGCGUUGGAUUCAUGAUUGUGUCUUCUUGAAUCGCCGGCGAUACCCAGGCAGAAACGGCAGAAACGUAACGGCUCGCCAAUUUGGACAUGGCCGAAACCUUGCCAGACCACGAUAUGGUCGACCUGGAUACCCCAACAGCUGUCAAGCUGCCAUACCCAGAAUUCAGCGUCUUGGAAGAUGGAAAAGAAGGAAAAUUCUUGCCUCAGAUCGGUGGGGAUGCUGGAGCUGAGAGGGUAUAUCGAGGAUGGGCAGCCAAGGCACUCGAGGUAGACCUCAAUGGCAAGACCUCGUUGAGCUCUGUGUUCGAGCAUCUGCGGUCCACCUUUACACCUCCGCCGGGAAUACUUAUGAUCCAGGACGCAUCGGGGCUCUUGCCCUACCUGCCCGGAAACGCCAGCACUCCACGCAAGAAAUCGUCUAGCAAGGCGAUCAAAGCCGAUACCUACAUAAUCGAAGGUUUCAAGCUCAAGCAGCCGACGUUCGACGAUAUGAGCGACGUUUGGAAGAGCGUCGGGAUGAGCCUCUUGCGAUGGGCUCUGGCGACUUUCGAGCGGGAUCGAGCGGACUCGAUGCAACAGGACGUUGAGGUUCAAGGAGGACGGGCUGGUUCGUCUUCACGAGGAGAAGAGUCGCCCACGGUCUCAGGAUCGAACAGCAACAGUAAUGGCAAUAGCUUGAAUGAAGCAGGGGCAUCGACCUCGACGGGAAAUGGGUCGGCAAAUUCUCCUCGGAACGAAGUUGAUGGACAGGAUGCUUUCGGACUGGCGGUCCUCCCCGAUUCUGCGUUUGUGAUCACCUCCCCAAACGCACUCCCGUUCCCCGAGAUCUGCGUCAGGCGGAAUAUCGAUACGGAGCCUGCUGUACAGCAUAAGAGCAGUGAUAUGAACCUAAAAAUGACGGCAAUGCCGAAGGACACGGAGAUGAUGGACGGUGUAGAGACAAUGGAGACGACGUGCGAACCGCAGAAAGUACGAAAGAAGGCUCUGUAUGCUGAGCAGCGGGUCGGACCGGAAGGGUCCAGGACGGUCGCCCUAGCCUGGCUUAACGCAGUGACGAUCCCGGAUAACGACACCUCGACGGCCCAUUAUACCCGAUUAGACUCGAUCUACAAUCUCUAUCGCGCGUACGCGUACCACCCGUUCCGAUGCCCCGUGCUGGAUUAUCAGGUGUUCGAGGAGGUGCUCAUUCAGGCCGUAGGAGCUGAGGGGAUCGUGAAUGGGUUGCACGAUGGUCAGGUCGAGCCGGAAAUGGACGAUAUGAUCGGAGAUGAUGACAUGCAGGACAAGAAGGAGAUGGACGAGGAUGACGCGUCAGGAUCGGUAGCUAACGCAACAACGGCAUCGGCGGCGGCAACGAUACCCCUACCAACAAUACCAGCAACAGCAGCUACAGCAGAACCCAUUACGAUACCAUCAACAACCUCAACAAAGCCCUCCAACCCUCAACCCAAACCGAGAUCCCGAUCUCGGUUGAUCCGCCUGACCGUCCGCCCACCCGACAAGGUCAUUCAGAAAUCACACGAAGCCAUCUGGGAAUCCGUCGGUAUGAAUUGGAAAAAAGCCAGAACGUUCGGAUGGGACGAGGUAAGGAUGGUCGGGACGAGGAAGAGGGAGGUGGGGGGUACGCAAGGGAGGGCGCAGGUGAAGCUGAAGGUCAAAGAUGGUUUGGGGUUGGAAGAGGAGCAGCGGAGGAGGAAGAAUACCGGUAUGAAUUCAGAUAUGAGCAUGGGCGCGGUGGCAGGUCGGACUGUGUAUCACGGGGCUGGUACUGUUACGGGCCCAGGACCAGGACCAGGGCCUGGACUGGGGAUCAGGACGGAAAUGGCCUCACAUUCAGCAUCGAUGAGAACACCAGGACCGCUGACGUUGAGACCGGUAGACGUCCGUCCGAGGGUAGCUGUCGGUCUAUCAGGGAGGGUCCCAACGGAUUUCGUCACCAUCUGGCUCUCCCAGAACUACCGACCCGCCCCUCUCGGCUGUGGCCGGUCCACCCCACAAAAAGAGCUGUGGCAAGACUAUACCCGGUUGGUCAGGUACCACAGUGGGCUGUACGAAUCGGAUCUGAGGCGGUACGGGGCGUUGAAAGAGCGGGUGGACGGUUCGAAGGCGGAAUCUCAACACCAGCACCUCUACCAGACCCAGAUCCUCUCCCAAGAACUCGUCCGGCUGACCCAGCUGCACCGAGCGUUAGGGUAUUAUAUGGACCUCCAACCUGCCGGGCUUUUCGGGCUUGUAAGCGAGAUGUUUGGGUGUACGUUAGGAAGGAUGGGUGAUGGAGGGUAUGGGCUGGAUGGGUUGGAGAGGGUCUGGAGUGGGGGUGGAGUUAGGAGUAGAGUGGAAAAUGGAGGUGGGAUUGCAGUGGGUGGGAGAGGUGCCUAUAAUGGGGAUGUUCGGCGAGACGGUAUGAGGUGAAAAGAGGUCAGGUGACGUACGGCCGGACGAUUGCGGCGAGCCAAUCACAGCGGGUCGAUUGAGGAUCUAGGAUGAGAGACGAGACGAGACAUGA